CGCCUAUAUAAAGUCACAGCCGCACUACUCCAUGCAGUGGCAUCGAGAGCUCAUUCAUGGCCUCUUCCAUGGAGGUGUGGCCGCGACCAUGGCUGUGGUCGCUCUGUCUUAUGACUGCUGUGGUGGUUUGCUUCGUUGCUAGCACGGUUUCGGCAGUGGAGGUCGAUCUUCCACCGUUUCGUUUUGGUGCUCCUCCCUACUCCGGGAGGCAUCACCUUCCUCCUCCACCAAGGCAUCACUACAACUCUCCUCCGCCAAUAAGAUAUUAUCAUUACAAGUCUCCUCCACCGAGAAGAUACAAGCAUAAGUCACCGCCACCGCCAUCACCUCCUCAUCUUCCAUACCAUCGCAAGUCUCCUCCGCCAUCAUCACCUCCUCAUCACCCCUAUCACCACAAGCCUCAGCCGCCACCAUCACCAUUGCGAAAACCACCAUUCUACCAUUACAAGUCACCUCCUCCACCAACUCCAUCUCGUCAUCCUCACCGUAGGUCACCACCAACUCCAUCUCAACAUCCUCGUCAUAAAUUACCUCCUCCUCCAUUGUCACACAAGUCGCCACCUUCAUCUCAACCUCCUCAUCACAAGCCACCACCUCCUCCUCCCAAGUCACUACCUCUUCCACCAUCAGUCAUUUACAAGUCACCACCUCCUCCUCGCAAGUCAUCACCUCCUCCACCAUUCCUCAUUUACAAGUCACCACCUCCGCUAUCUCAAGCUCCUCCUCACAAGUCACCACCGCAUCCAUCUCAAGCUCCUCCUCGCAUGUCACCACCUCCUCCACCAUCACUCGUUUACAAGUCAUCACCUCCUCCGCCAUUACUCAUUUACAAGUCACCUCCUCCUCUAUCUCGACCUCAUUAUAAGUCACCACCUCCUCCAAUACCAACAACUCCUCCCCUGUCACCUCCAUCCCCAUCUUCCUCCUCAUCUCCUCCCUAUGUUUCUAACUCACCACCACCACCUUUCCUCUCUCCUCCUCCAUCUUCAAUUUACAAGUCACCACCUCCUCCUACACCACAAACUCCUCCCCAGUCACCUCCAUCGCCAUCUUCCUCGUCGUCUCCUCCCUAUGUUUCUAAGUCACCACCACCACAUUCAUCACCUCCACCAACUUCCCUCUCCCCUCCUAUACCUCCUAUUUACAAGUCACCACCUCCUUCUCCACAACCAACUCCUCCCUCGUCACCUCUAUCGUCAUCUUCCCCCUCGUCUCCUCCCUAUGUUUCUAAGUCACCACCACCACCACCACCUUCCCUCUGCCCUCCUUCACCUACAAUUUAUAUGUCACCACCUCCCCCUACACCACCAACUCCUCCCUCAUCACCUCCAUCGCCAUCUUCCUCCUCAUCUCCUCCCCAUGUUUCUAAGUCACCACCACCAUCUUCAUCAUCUCCACCACCUUCCCUCUCCCCACUUCCACCUUCGAUUUCCAAGUCACCACCUCCUCCUACACCAACAACUCCUCGCCCGUCACCUCCAUCGCCAUCUUCCUCCUCAUCUCCUCCUCAUAUUUCUAAGUCACCACCACCAUCUUCAUCAUCUCCACCACCUUCCCUCUCCCCUCCUCCACCUUCUAUUUCCAAGUCACCACCUCCUCCUACACCAACAACUCCUCUCCCAUCACCUCCAUCGCCAUCUUCCUCCUCAUCUCCUCCUCAUAUUUCUAAGUCACCACCGCCAUCUUCAUCAUCUCCACCACCUUCCCUCUCCCCUCCUCCACCUUCUAUUUCCAAGUCACCACCUCCUCCUACACCAACAACUCCUCCCCCAUCACCUUCAUCGCCAUCUUCCUCCUCGUCUCCUCCCCAUGUUUCUAAGUCACCACCACCACCACCAUCAUCCCUCUCUCCUCCAUCUUCAAUUUACAAGUCACCACCUCCUCCUACACCACAAACUCCUCUCCCGUCACCUCCAUCGCCAUCUUCCUCUUCAUCUCCUCCCUAUGUUUCUAAGUCACCACCACCAUCUUCAUCAUCUCCACCACCUUCCCUCUCCCCUCCUCCACCUUCUAUUUCCAAGUCACCACCUCCUCCUACACCAACAACUCCUCCCCCAUCACCUUCAUCGCCAUCUUCCUCCUCGUCUCCUCCCCAUGUUUCUAAGUCACCACCACCACCACCAUCAUCCCUCUCUCCUCCAUCUUCAAUUUACAAGUCACCACCUCCUCCUACACCACAAACUCCUCUCCCGUCACCUCCAUCGCCAUCUUCCUCUUCAUCUCCUCCCUAUGUUUCUAAGUCACCACCACCAUCUUCAUCAUCUCCACCACCUUCCCUCUCCCCUCUUCCACCUUCGAUUUCCAAGUCACCACCUCCUCCUACACCAACAACUCCUCGCCCGUCACCUCCAUCGCCAUCUUCCUCCUCGUCUCCUCCCCAUGUUUCUAAGUCACCACCACCACCAUCAUCCCUCUCUCCUCCAUCUUCAAUUUACAAGUCACCACCUCCUCCUACACCACAAACUCCUCUCCCGUCACCUCCAUCGCCAUCUUCCUCUUCAUCUCCUCCCUAUGUUUCUAAGUCACCACCACCAUCUUCAUCAUCUCCACCACCUUCCCUCUCCCCUCUUCCACCUUCGAUUUCCAAGUCACCACCUCCUCCUACACCAACAACUCCUCGCCUGUCACCUCCAUCGCCAUCUUCCUCCUCAUCUCCUCCUUAUAUUUCUAAGUCACCACCACCAUCUUCAUCAUCUCCACCACCUUCCUUCUCCCCUCCUCCACCUUCUAUUUCUAAGUCACCACCUCCUCCUGCACCAACAACUCCUCCCCCAUCACCUCCAUCGCCAUCUUCCUCGUCUCCUCCCCAUGUUUCUAAGUCACCACCACUACCACCUUCCCUCUGCCCUCCUUCACCUUCAAUUUAUAUGUCACCACCUCCUCCUACAGCACCAACUCCUCCCUCAUUACCUCCAUCGCCAUCUUCAUCCUCAUCUCCUCCCCAUGUUUCCAAGUCGCCACCACCUUCUUCAUCAUCUUCGCCACCUUCCCUCUCCCCUCUUCCUCCUACACCAACAACUCCUCGCCCGUCACCUCCAUCGCCAUCUUUCUCCUCAUCUCCUCCUCAUAUUUCUAAGUCACCACCGCCAUCUUCAUCAUCUCCACCACCUUCCCUCUCCCCUCCUCCACCUUCUAUUUCCAAGUCACCACCUCCUCCUACACCAACAACUCCUCCCCCAUCACCUUCAUCGCCAUCUUCCUCCUCGUCUCCUCCCCAUGUUUCUAAGUCACCACCACCACCACCAUCAUCCCUCUCUCCUCCAUCUUCAAUUUACAAGUCACCACCUCCUCCUACACCACGAACACCUCCCCUGUCACCUCCAUCGCCAUCUUCCUCUUCAUCUCCUCCCUAUGUUUCUAAGUCACCACCACCAUCUUCAUCAUCUCCACCACCUUCCCUCUCCCCUCUUCCACCUUCGAUUUCCAAGUCACCACCUCCUCCUACACCAACAACUCCUUGCCCGUCACCUCCAUCGCCAUCUUCCUCCUCAUCUCCUCCUCAUAUUUCUAAGUCACCACCACCAUCUUCAUCAUCUCCACCACCUUCCCUCUCCCCUCGUCCACCUUCUAUUUCCAAAUCACCACCUCCUCCUACACCAACAACUCCUCCCCCAUCACCUUCAUCGCCAUCUUCCUCCUUGUCUCCUCCCCAUGUUUCUAAGUCACCACCACCACCACCACCAUCCCUCUCUCCUCCAUCUUCAAUUUACAAGUCACCACCUCCUCCUACACCACGAACACCUCCCCUGUCAACUCCAUCGCCAUCUUCCUCUUCAUCUCCUCCCUAUGUUUCUAAGUCACCACCACCAUCUUCAUCAUCUCCACCACCUUCCCUCUCCCCACUUCCACCUUCGAUUUCCAAGUCACCACCUCCUCCUACACCAACAACUCCUCACCCGUCACCUCCAUCGCCAUCUUCCUCCUCAUCUCCUCCUCAUAUUUCUAAGUCACCACCACCAUCUUCAUCAUCUCCACCACCUUCCCUCUCCCCUCCUCCACCUUCUAUUUCCAAGUCACCACCUCCUCCUACACCAACAACUCCUCCCCCAUCACCUUCAUCGCCAUCUUCCUCCUCGUCUCCUCCCCAUGUUUCUAAGUCACCACCACCACCACCACCAUCCCUCUCUCCUCCAUCUUCAAUUUACAAAUCACCACCUCCUCCUACACCACGAACACCUCCCCUGUCACCUCCAUCGCCAUCUUCCUCUUCAUCUCCUCCCUAUGUUUCUAAGUCACCACCACCAUCUUCAUCAUCUCCACCACCUUCUCUCUCCCCUCUUCCACCUUCGAUUUCCAAGUCACCUCCUCCUCCUACAUCAACAACUCCUCACCUGUCACCUCCAUCGCCAUCUUCCUCCUCAUCUCCUCCUCAUAUUUCUAAGUCACCACCACUAUCUUCAUCAUCUCCACCACCUUCCCUCUCCCCUCCUCCACCUUCUAUUUCCAAGUCACCACCUCCUCCUACACCAACAACUCCUCCCCCAUCACCUUCAUCGCCAUCUUCCUCCUCGUCUCCUCCCCAUGUUUCUAAGUCACCACCACCACCACCACCACCAUCCCUCUCUCCUCCAUCUUCAAUUUACAAGUCACCACCUCCUCCUACACCAACAACUCCUCGCCUGUCACCUCCAUCGCCAUAUUCCUCCUCAUCUCCUCCUCAUAUUUCUAAGUCACCACCACCAUCUUCAUCAUCUCCACCACCUUCCCUCUCCCCUCCUCCACCUUCUAUUUCCAAGUCACCACCUCCUCCUACACCAACAACUCCUCCCCCAUCACCUCCAUCGCCAUCUUCCUCCUCGUCUCCUCCCCAUAUUUUUAAGUCACCACCACCACCACCAUCCCUCUCUCCUCCAUCUAUAAUUUACAAGUCACCACCUCCUCCUACUCCACAAACUCCUCCCCCGUCACCUCCAUCGCCAUCUUCCUCUUGGUCUCCUCCCUAUGUUUCUAAGUCACCACCACCACCUUCCCUCUCCCCUCCUAUACCUUUUAUUUACAAGUCACCACCUCCUCCUACACAACCAACUCCUCCCUCAUCACCUCCAUCACCAUCUUCCUCCUCGUCUCCCCACAUUUCUAAUUCACCACCACCACCUUCAUCAGCUCCACCACCUUCUCUCUCCCCUCCUCCUCUUAUUUACAAGUCACCACCUCCUCCUGUACUAACAACUCCCCCUACACCUCCAUCGUCAUCUUCAUCCUCAUCUCCUCCCCAUAUUUCUAAGUCACCACCACCAUCUUCAUCAUCUCCACCAUCUUCCAUCUCCCCUCCUCCUCCUACACCAAUAACUCGUCCCCCGUCACCUCCAUCGCCAUCUUCCUCCUCGUCUCCUCCCCAUGUAGCUAAGUCACCACCACCAUCUUCAUCAUCUCCACCACCUUCCCUCUCUCCUUCUUCACCUUCUAUUUACAAGUCACCACCUCCUCCUACACAAAUAACUCCUCCCCCAUCACCUCCAUCGUCAUCCUCCUCCUCGUCUCCUCCUCAUGUUUAUAAGUCACCACCAUCCUCAUCAUCUCCACCUUCUAUUUAUAAGGCACCACCGCCUCCUUUAUUAUCUCCUCCCCCCUCUUUGUCAUCUCCACCACCACAUUCAAUAUCACCUCCUACUUACAUUUAUAAGUCUCCUCCACCGUCAUCUUCAAUAUAACCUUCUCCUUAUAUUAUAUAUCUCCACCAUUAUCUUCAUCACCUCUUCCUCCUUAUAUUUACAAAUCACCACCAUCACCACCUUCUCCCUCGUCUUUCCCUCCAUAUAAUUACAAGUCACCUCCACCACCUUCUCUUUCUCCUCCAACACUUUACGACUCUACAUCUCCUCCCCCACCAUCACGAUCGCCUCUUCCCCCUUACAUUUAUAAAUCCCCACCAACUUUCUCCUCUCUUCCAUCAUCAUCUCUAUUACCUUCUCCUCCUUAUGUCUAUAAAUCUCUAUCACCACCUCCUUAUAUUUACAAACCUCCUCCAUCACCAUUUACAUCACCUCCACCUCCUCUUUACUUGUCUCCACCACCAUCAUCUUUGUCACCGCCAUCCUCUUAUCUUUAUAAAUCUCCACCACCAUCAUCUUUGUCACCGCCAUCCUCUUAUCUUUAUAAAUCUCCACCACCACCUCCACUCUCCUCUUCCCCUCCUUACAUUUGUAAGUCUCCACCAUCCUCAUCUCCAUUUCCUUCUUUCGUUUAUAAAUCUCUAUUGCCACCAACACCAUCAUCUUCAUCACCGCCUCCUCCUUACAUUUUAAAGUCACCAUCGUCCCCAUCAUCACCUUCUCUUUAUAAAUCUCCACCACCACCUAUCCCCUCCUCUCCACCUCCUUCCAUUAACAAGUCUCCGCCACUACCAAUAUUAUUAUCUCCGUCACCCACCACCAACACCACCUAUCUCCUCCUCUUCCCCUCCUUCCAUUUACAAAUCUCCACCACCCUCCUCUCUAUUUCCUCCAAAUAUUUAUAAAUCCCCACCACCACCACCACCUUCUUCAUCAUCUCCUCCUCCUCCAUUAUCUUCGACACCAUCCCUUCCUCGUAUUCAUAGAUAUUUUCCACCAUCAGUUUCAUUACCCCCUCCUCACUUUUACGAAUCUCCUCUUCCUUAAAUUUAUAAACAUUCAUCUUCAUCUCCAUCGUUGCCUCUCUCUUAUGUCCAUUAAUCUCUUCUUCUCUUCUCUUCUCUGGUCGUUGCCUCUCUCUUCUUCAUCAAUAGUGUCCACCUCUUCUCUGGUCGUUGCCUCUCUCUUCUUCAUCAAUACCUCACCUUUACAUCCGCAAGUUUCCACCAUCACAGUCUCUUAUCACCUUCUCUUGAUUACCAUUACAAUUCCCCUUCAUUACCACCUUCCUACCGACACUAACUCCCUCCAUUUUCUGUAUCGGAUUCACCAUCAUAUUCCUAGAACUCUCUACCACAUUAUCAUAAAAUUGGCUUACAAGUCAAAGCUUCACACUACUCCUAUCUCGACAGUCCAUGAGUGCGUACUUCUACAUGAGGCUUUUUAUAUCUAUUCCCAACAUCGUUAUGUCGUUAAGUGUUUAGUUUUUGUUGCAGUGAAAUGUAUGAGUGAAUAAGAAAAGAAUCCAAUGAUUUCUUAAAAGAGUCCUCACUCUUAACACUCAGCAAGCACGGUUUUCAUAUUCUUUUUACCAGCAAUAAAGAAGCAGACGAACUCAAAUAUUUUAACAUUUCUUAACCAAAGAAAUCAACAAAUGUAACCAGUGCCAAAUCAAUCUAUUACCACGACUACUAUGUAUUAGAACGCACAAGUAAACUGCUGCUAAUGUACACUAGAAAAGGGAAUCAAAUGGUCAGCGAUCGAACCAGCUCCAUUUAUUGUCUCAACCAAUCCGGGAGGGAAGUGAUGUCGGCACUGCUGGCCGCUGACGAUGUAGGAGAGCGAGGCCUGCAAGAAGCGCCGACGGCCAUGGCUGUGGCGGCAGAGGGGGCGGAGGCGGCGCAGAGCUGGGGCCAUCCUCGUCGAUGCCAUGGAAGAAUGGGUCAUUGAGGAGUUCCGAGGCGGAAGGUCGAACCCGUGGCCUGCCGAGGCACCGCUCGAUGAAGGCCGUAACCUCCGGGUCCUUGACCUUCGCCAUGGCUGCCGGCCUCACCCCGGUCGUCACCUUCCGGUAGAUCUUGGCGACGUUGUCGCACUCGCUGUAGGGGAUCUCGCGGGUCACCAUCUCCAGCACGCUCAUUCCGAAAGAGUAGAUGUCCACCAGCUCCGUGUACUCCUCCUCGUACAUCUCCGGCGCCAUGAACUCCGGCGUCCCCAGGACGGAGUGAGCCGCGUGGCUCUUCUCCACGGCUGCAGCAAGCCCUAAAUCCCCAAUCUUCACCUGUAACAAUAUUAAGAUAAAAAAAAGUCAGCUUUUUUCGGUGCGGCGAACUUAAA